UUUCCCCUCUUUUAUCGCCGAAUCUGUUGCAUCAUUUGCAACAAUCUGAGUCCUUCAUUGUGUUUUUAUCCUCUCUCGAGCCGUAUAGAUAUUGAUGGCCCGAGGGGGUGGAAUCUCCAUUGAAUCAGAUCCACUUGGGAGCAGCUUCUUCCUCGACGAGCCCUUCGUGUUAAACUCUUUCCCUGAAGAUUACUCCACCAACCUCACCAAUAAGUCGAUUCUCGUCAGAGAUCCCAUGGAUGGCGGCAAGAGGUCUCCCUUGCGGGUGAACCUCAAUUAUUCCCACCACGAAUCUCCCGCCGAUCACGAAACUGAACCCUCUCUUCAUCCUGACGACCUUAGAGCCCACAUCGACGAAAUGGAUUUCUUCUCCAACAAGGACGACAAGUUCUCCUCCUCCUCCUCCGCCGCCUCCGCCCUUCCCAAACUUGAUUUCUUAUCCCCUCCGCGGCUCUUGCCCUUUAAUAUCAAUACUGGCUUAAAUCUUCUUACUACUAAUAUUGGUAGUAAUCAUUCUGCACUACAAGAUGGUUUAUCAACCUCAGUACAUAAAACGCCUCAUGAAGAGUAUGACGCUCUUAAAGUGAAGUUUGUGCAAAUGAAAGAUGAAAACAAUCGUUUGAGAGAAAUGCUCAAUGAAGCGACUGACAAUUACAGUGGGCUGCAUACGCAAUAUAUGAACAUGGUGAACGGUAAUACUAAAGAAAUACUCGACGACAAAGGAGGAAAGAAACAAAUGGGAGGAGCAUUGGUGCCAAGACGCGCACGGUUUAUAGAUCUUGGACUUGCCACUAAUGCUAGCGUGGAUAAACCUUCUGUUUCUUCCACGUUGGCAAGAGGUGCAUCGCCCCCGCCGGCACAGGGGGUUUCCAAAGAUUUUGACCCGGGAAAGAAUCAAAUCAGUGAUGCUAAAGAAUUUGGUAAGGUUAUUAGAAGAGACGAUAGCCCCCCAGCCCAAGCUUUCUCUGUUGACAAGAUUUCGAAGAUCAGCACUCCUCCAGAUAGUGUUGAUCAAGCUGAGGCCACCAUCAGAAAGGCUAGAGUUUCUGUUCGAACACGAUCAGAGGCAGCCAUGAUCACGGAUGGAUGUCAAUGGCGAAAAUAUGGACAAAAGAUGGCUAAAGGAAAUCCGUGUCCUCGUGCUUACUAUAGAUGCACCAUGGCGGCUGGUUGUCCAGUCAGGAAACAGGUACAAAGGUGUGCUGAGGACAGAACGAUCCUGAUCACAACCUACGAAGGGAAUCAUAACCAUCCUUUGCCUCAGGCAGCGAUGGCAAUGGCACAAACAACCUCGUCAGCUGCAAGAAUGUUACUGUCAGGACCAUCGUCGAGUACGGAUGGCUUAAUGAACCAAAAUUUUCUCACACGGACUUUGCUUCCUUAUUCGUCUAGCAUGGCUACUAUCUCAGCCUCAGCUCCAUUUCCCACUGUUACAUUGGACUUAACCCAGAACCCUAACCCCUUACACUUCCCUAGAACUCCCACCCAAUUUCAAAUCCCUUUCGCGCCUCACACCUUGGCCAAUUCUUCUGCUUCAUUACUGCCUCACAUAUUUGGUCAGGCGCUUUACAACCAGUCAAAGUUUUCGGGGCUUCAACUGUCUCAAGAUGCUGACACUUCCCAAUCGUCUCAGGCAGCGCCGCAGCCACUACACCUGGCUGACUCGGUGAGUGCCGCUACCGCUGCCAUUGCUUCUGACCCCAACUUUACGGCAGCCCUGGCAGCGGCUAUCACUUCCAUUAUUGGCGGUGCUCAGCAGAACAAUAAUAGCAACAAUAGUGGUAAUCUUCCGCCUAAUAAUAACAGUGGCAAUAUUACGACUGGCAACAACAAUAGUUCCAGCUGAAGCGACAAAAUUGGCGACUCGAGUCCGGCCAAAACAUCGGUUCCUUCCACCUCACCCUCUUUUUUUUUUUUUUUUCUUGAUUUACUGUUCGGGUAAUAUUUUCAUUCUUUUUCCUCCGACUUUGUGGUGUAA